AUAUUCCCCGCCUCACGGUUCCCGUUCUCCUUGACGGGGCAGGUGCGAGAGACGAAGACGUCCGAUAUGACAUCUUUCGCCAUAUCUUCCGCUUCAUUCGUCAUGUCCGUGGCCUGAAGAAACUGUAAAGUAUGAGGCCUGAGAAGAUUGUAGUGGUCUGUGGCCUGAAGAGACUAUAGGGACCCCAUUCUACUUUGCUGCUUCCCGGUAUCCGGUGCCCAUCCGAUCCCUUGACCGUCGCCCCUCAACCAACAACAACAAACACUUUUAUUUUAAUUAUGGAAGUUCUUCUGAGGCUGUUGGCGAGAAGCAGAGGAAGGCAGAGAGAUAUCGUGGGAUUGAAACGCCCUAUAACCGAGGCAACUGAAUUGUUAAGGAGGAGGGAGCAUGGGAGCGCCGUGGCGGCCCGGUCUCUGGUUCUCUCUAGUCAUAUGAACAUCCAGAAGUUUUUUUUCAAAGUGCAUCGGGGGGCCAGGUCACCGUUAAAGACCCACACGUGUGGCGAGCUUCAAGCAGACAAUACCCACCAGGAAGUUAUUCUCCGAGGCCAUCUUCAGUAUCAGCGGAUGGGCAAAUUUGCCGUUCUUCGCGAUGCUUUUGGAAACACUCAAGUGAUUAUUAAUGAGAAGGAUACCAAGCUCAUGGAACUGCUCAGUAACACAACAUAUGAAUCGUAUGUAGAAGUGAAGGGGAUCGUCCGUCGCAGACCCAAAGGUCAAGAAAAUAAAGAUAUGGUCACAGGAGAAAUUGAAGUUGAGGCAUCCAGCUUUGAAGUCCUGAGUAGAGCUCGCCAAGAUCUUCCAUUUUUAAUACGGGAUUUUAACAAGGCUAAUGAGCAGCUGCGGUUAAAGUACCGAUAUCUUGAUCUACGACACUCCGAACUGCAAAGAAAUCUAAGAUUAAGAUCUACGAUGGCAAAGAAGAUGAGAGAUUAUUUGCAAGACAGAUCAGGAUUUGUUGAAAUCACCACACCAACUCUCUCUGUCAACACUCCUGGGGGUGCUCAAGAGUUUGUGGUACCUAGUAGGCAUCCUGGAAAAUUUUAUUCUCUGGUCCAAAGUCCACAGACAUACAAACAGUUAGCUAUGAUUGGAGGAUUUGACAAAUAUUUCCAAUUUGCUGUUUGUUACAGAGAUGAAGGAGCUAAACCUGACCGACAGCCAGAAUUUAUGCAGGUGGACUUGGAGAUGAUAGACGUGACCAUCAAAGAGAUGAAAAUUCUGAUAGAGAACCUGCUAACGCUCUCGUGGCCGACCCAUCUGCCUGCUAUUUAUUUUCCAUUCCCUGUCUUAACUUACAGUGAUGCUAUGAGUUCCUAUGGAGUUGAUAAGCCAGACACUAGGUUUGAUUGGAAGCUGCAAGACGUUACACAUCACCUUCGUAAAUGUGAAUCCUCCGUGCUGGAAAACGCUGUUGCAUUACCGGGUAACACUGCUCAUGCCUUUGUUGUCCCUCUUGGCAAACCACACAUCAACAAAAAAAUUAGAUCAUCCUGGGAGGAUUUGGCGAGAAGAGAACAUAGCCUCGGUGGAGUGUCGGUGUUUUAUGUCUCGGAGGACCUCACAUUAAAGGGUGCUCUCUCCGGGAAAAUGAGUGAAGCAAGCCAAAGAGAAUUAACCAAGUCUCUUGAGGCUCAGAUGGGAGACACUCUGGUUUUGGCAGUGGGCUCAACUAACAAUGUGCUGAGUUUGCUUGGUAAAUUACGUUUACAAGCGGCGAAGAUUAUGGAAGAGAAUGGGAUUAUGGUGAGGGACUCGGACCAAUUUAAUUUUGUGUGGGUGGUAGACUUUCCCCUGUUUGAACGUGAUGAGAAUACGGGGAAAAUUGUGUCUGUUCAUCACCCAUUUACAUUGCCUAAGGAAGACGAUGUUCAUUAUCUCUAUACUGACCCUCUCAAGGCCAAGUCUCAACAUUACGAUCUGGUGCUGAACGGAUGUGAAAUUGGUGGUGGAUCCAUGCGAAUCCAUGACCCGGCUAUGCAGCGCCAUGUCUUGCACAAUAUUUUGGGGAUUCGUUCAGCUAAUUUUGAUUUCUUCAUUGAAGCGCUGGAGUCUGGGGCCCCACCUCAUGGUGGAAUUGCCCUUGGUUUUGACCGUCUCGUUGCCGAGCUGUGUAGAGCAAAGAGUAUCCGUGAUGUUAUAGCAUUCCCCAAGUCGCUGGAGGGUCGGUGCUUAAUGUCGGGUGCUCCAGGUAAUAUCACACAGGAAGAGCAGCAGCUGUACCAUAUAUCUGUUGUUCAGAAGGAACAUAAAGAUUCGACUGAGAACUCUUGAUGUCUAUGCUGCAAAUAAUAAGGAAGAGAAAUAAAACAGUAUACAGUACAGCACUUAAAGUAACCUUUAUCAAGGCAUGUUAAUUGAAGGCAUUUUGCUUUAUGUUCUCAAAUAUGAAUAGUACUGUACCAUGCCAUAAAUAUUUGAAAUUAAAAUUAACAUUUGAAAUUUUUAUAAUAAAAGUACCUUUAAAAGUUCUCUCUUCAUAUAAGCAUUUAAUUUUACCUAAUGCUCUCAUUGUUUAACUAGAUGUCAGACGUAAAUUUGUAUGAUGAUAGAUUAAGUUAGCAAAUGUGUUCUUCUAAUUUCUUGUCAUACUUAAACCAGGUUCAACCUUUCUUGGCUUCUUUUUCCAAGUUAAGGCCCCAUAGAUGUUGCUUGAGCCAGAACCAUUAUCGUGUGUCCCUUUGGAUUUUCACAUAACUGUAGUUUUACACUAUGAGGACAUGGCUCAGGAUAGCAACCAGAAGACGACGAUGUUCAGAAAUAGUGUUGACUGAAAAGAAAUGCCUAAUGCCUUUGUUCACCUUGCAGUAAAUAUGUUCCAAAGGGUUAAACAACUGUUGUGGGUUGCAUCCUGAGAAAUGGUCGGCAAAUGGCCUUGGGGGAACCUCGAUGAGCAUAAUCAUGCCAUAAAUAGUUCAUAAUCAUGCCAUUCAUGAUUUCAUUUACAUGGUUAAUUGAUGCAUAUUACAGUCCCCGUGGCGCAGAGGUAAAACACUCGCCCGGCGCUUCAUGAGCGCUUUGGCCUGGGUUCAUAUCUUAGCCGAGGAGGAUUUACUGGGCACCAAUCCUUAACUGUAGCCUCUGUUCACCCAG